AUUACUCGCUCUAUGCCGCGGAGUGCGGAGCCACGCCGCUCGAACAAGGUUAUCUCGCUCGGAUUACUUCGUAGUUCAGAUUCAGUCGUCGUCAUUCGUUCGAUUGCCGCGCGAUACGUAGCACGUGCCCGUCACAACGCGAUAAACGCGAUAAACUAACGCACUAUUUACGAAGAAACACUCGGUUGGUGAAUUAGAAAUUAAAUAAAAAGAAAAACAAAAAAAAGCGUUCUGUGAUUUCAGUGUACUAUUUUUAUUGCGCUGUGCUAUGUGAAUUAUGACAAGUGUUUUGAAAAAGCCAAGAGGCACAAAAGGCAAAUCGGAAUCCAUGCAAGAAGACUUACCCACAAGAUGGGGGUCGAUCUCCCGUGAGGAAAAAUACGAAGACAAGGAGAAGUUGAUCAGAGCCAUCGACGACAAUGUUAUUGGCAAAGGCAAUUCGUUUUGUGGGCCCUACGGAAGGAGGAAAGUCGUGUACUGCGACUUCAGCGGGUCUGGACGCGGAUUGCAGUUCAUCGAGGAUUACAUCGUUAGAGACGUUCUGCCGACACACGCUACUAGGUGUACAGCGCUCUCAUACACUUCCGGCCAAAGCGACAUUUACAGAUCUGAAUCGAAGAGUAUAAUACGCAGCGCCGUAGGAGCUUCUCCUGAAGAUGUUUUGGUCCUCGGCGCCUCUUUACCCAUGUUCCUACGAGCCUUGCGGCCGCAGAAGGUGGCUUUGUUCGUGUCUUCACGGGAAACGGAGACCCAACUGGCGCCAUGGAGGGAAUUCAAUUCAGAGAUAAUUAAAAUAGCUGAAACAAAAGAAGGCUUUAUUGAUCUCAACAAUUUGGAACAAAAACUGCAAGAGAACUCUGGCACGGGAAAACGAAUGAUUGGAUUCUUUCCCGCCGUAUCCAAAUUGACCGGAGUACUCGCUGAUGAUGUUGCCACUACCUUGCUGCUCCAUCAAUACGGAGCCUGGUCUUUCUGGGACUACACAUUGGUUGCUCCCUCCUCGACCGUGGAGAUGAACCCGGUAAUUCCGGGAGUGGAGGAUGAGAUGGUCAAAAAGGAUGCGGUGUUCUUUAACUGCGAGAAAUUCGUUGGGGGCGUUCAGGGACCCCAUGUCGUCAUCUUCAAGAAGGAAGUGUUCAAGAACAGUCCUGUUUAUUCUGACGACGUUGAGGUAUUGAGCGAGAGAAUCGCAGAGAUAAGAUCGACAGACGCGGUGCGGGCUGUCAUUGUUAUGCAGUUGAGAGACUCGGUAGGACUGCAGAACAUAGUGCAGCGACAGGAUUCCAUAACCAGACAAGUCCUGUCACACAUAAAGAACAUCCCAGAGCUAAUUCUUCUAGGAAACGUCUCGCCAACUGUCAGAAGGCUUCCGAUAUUUUCUAUCAUGGUGAAGCAUCCCCGGGGGACUUUCCUGCACCACAACUUUGUUUGCGCGGUCCUGAACGACGUUUUCGGCAUCCAGGCCAGAGGCGGCCUCAACAGUAACUUGAACUACGGCUCCGAUGUCCUGGGUAUAGAUGACCAAUUGCUCAAGGAGUAUGAGAAGCUGCUUGAUGUCGAAGCACAAAAGGAGAUUGCUCGUGUCCGCAAACUCAGUAAUGUGACGUCUCCAGAAGUCCCUAUACACAACGAGCACUUGAGGCCUGGAUUCUGCAGGGUUUCGCUACCGUACUUCAUGUCGGAAACCGAAUUGGCAUUUGUUCUUGAAGCACUGAAGAUGGUGGCCACUGAAGGUUGGAAGAUUCUGCCGCAAUACGUGGUGAACCCACAGACCGGACAAUGGAAGCACCACACGUGUUCGGUUCUAAGAGACAAGAAAUCUUUGUAUUCAAUGAACUUCAACACCGGUAAAAUUUCGGUCAACGAAAGACGGAUAUCAGGUCCUGGAAUAUUCCCGCAAACGUAUACCGAGUGCUUACAAACUGCUCGGAAUUUGUUCAACAAAGCUAGAAAACUGGCAAUGAAAUUUUCGUCAGCCGAUCCGGAGAUGACAUUCAAUCCUCGCAUAGAUUACCUCCGUUGGUUUAUGUUGCCCAAAGAAGCUCACGAUCUGUUACUCGGGCGCUCGUCGAACGUAAAACACAUAGUGCCAUUUGAUCCUUCCGGGUACACGGGAGCAAGAAAAAGUCUUCACGUUUCGAGAUCUUCAAUAACUUCCUCACCGAUAUUAGGAUCGUCGGCCAGACAUUUCAGUUUGUCUGCCAUUGAUGACUGCCAUGUAUUUAGACUGAAACAGAAGACCAAGUUUUAUUCAAGAGAAACUAGCCUCCGGGAGGCACAGAAAGAGGAGGACACAGUUUCGCGCCCAGUUCAGUUCACAGUUGGUGAAUCCGUUUCGCCGUUGCGCCUAGGUCCUUCAAGACAGCCCCUGCUGGUGCGAUCCCGAUGCUACAGCUUGGGCUCUGAUAGCCCUCCGGUUCCGUUAAGUGCACAAACAAAAAUGAAUUUAGGAUUGAAAGAAGCGAGUCCUAAUAACGUUAUUGAAAAGACUAGUAACUUCUGUAACUGUGGCAGUCAAACGGACCUAUUUUCGUUGGACGAUCCGCUGAUCUCACCCGGAAAGUCAUAUCCGUACAGCACGCAAAGUAGCACGUCCAUAUCGGACUGUAGUCAAGUCGGUCGCAGCUCACCCACCACUUCUCUGACGUCACACACGUCGGAGGAUCUCCAAGCGUAUGUCAAAGAGAUGACCCGAGAAAUUGCAACGGAAAUCAAGUCCGAAAUACGUGAAGUAAUCUCAAAGGUUGACGAUAUUCUCGAAAACUCCGAUGCAGUAGAACAGUCUAAUGCCAGCAUAACUUCAAUAUCUAGUCAGAACGAAAAGGACUCUGUAUCAGUCAUAGAUGUAACUGAGUAUUUAAUGGAGAUGUCGAAGGAAAUGGCUUCAGAAGUCAAACACGAGAUAAGAGAGAUGGUCAAUCAAGUCGACGGAAUGAUCUCCCCUGAUUAUUCAGGUAGCUGUGCAAGAAGAGGUUCUCCACCUCAGACUGGUCGUAGAAGAGUAGGUUCAGGUCCAGAAUUAGGGCUCGAUUUAAAGAAAUCUACUCAGUUCCUAAGGAAAUGUCCCACCAGUCCAGUUCUGCCGUCGCAGUACGACGAGGAAGACAGGUUCUGCAAGCGAUCACCUCAGUCGCCAAAGUCGGCUCAGUGCACUCCUUCGCACGAAGCUUCAGGACCGAAUAGCAUUUCGUUUAAUUCCAGCGAAACAUCCACUCCCGACACCAUAAUCCAAGUGGUCACGACGCAAAACUCGCCAAAUCUCCCAAAAUCAUUAAGCUCGAAUAAGUUGUCUGAUGAUGAGGUUUGCAACGACGCGACCUGCCGUCACUGCUGUAUCAAAAAAACUUGGUGCCAAAACCCGUCGGUCAGUUCCCAAGAUAGCGGCAUCAACAUGACCUUCACGGACACCGAUACUUAUUUAGACUUUGAUCCGACCACGAAACAGGCAAGGAAGAUCCAGGGAAGACUUCGUAUGUGCCCGAAGUAUGAGAAGAGUGAAGUGCCAGAUAUCAUUGAGGGAGUUCCGGUGUGUCCAGGGGAACACUCAAGACAGACUGCCAAAUAUGAGACCACUGCUGACGGCAAAAUCGUCUUUCAAAUACCUGAUGACGCGAAUAGGAAGAAUAGUGCUAGUGCAUCAGUGGGGGACUCGAAGCGUUCGAGCAGGUCCUCGAACGCGUCCUCCAGCUGUUCUGACCGCAGCAGCCGCUCCAGCGGAUACGGCACCGACCAGCGGUCUUCGCAUGAGGAGAGGUUUUGCGAUAGGAGUGAGUCAGAAUGUAGGGCAUUCAAGCACGAGUGUUGGGAAGAAGAGGCAGACGACAGCAGCGCCUGUAGCGACACAUCACUCGCGGAUUUCACGUUUGACGACGAGGGAAAGUGGCAUUGCCCUCCCAAAGCCAUCUGGAAGGCCACCGUUGAGGCCAUACAAGAGUUCAAUAUGAUCCGACCUGGAGACAAAGUGCUGGUGUGCCUCUCGGGAGGCCGGGAUUCUAUAGCCCUCCUGCACACGAUGCAUCAUUACCAGCUGUAUGCCAGGUCUAAAGGCAUGCACUUUAGCAUUGGUGCUUUGUAUGUGAACGAACCUAAGACUCAAGUGGAUCCGCUCCAUCUGAUGGCCUACUGCCGGACGCUGGGGGUCAAGUUCAUUUACCAAGACAAAUGGGAGGACGAGGACACCGAACGUAAGUCCUGAUGCAUUGUCCGCCAU